AAGUUCAUAUCAUGUUCUUUGCAGAUUUGAGAUAAGGCAAGUAAAUGAAGGGAACCACCACGUACCAGGAUUGGUUGAAGCACGAGUGACAAGCAUAGAGGAGGUUUGGGAUGUGUUGAAAACAGGAAGUAAUGCAAGGGCUGUAGGGAAAACGACGGCUAAUGAGCACAGCAGCCGAUCUCACUGCAUACACUGCGUCAUGGUAAAAGGGGAGAAUUUGUUGACUGGAGAAUGCACAAAAAGCAAACUAUGGUUAGUUGAUUUAGCAGGAAGCGAACGGGUUGCAAAGACAGAAGUGCAAGGAGAACGGCUCAAGGAGACUCAAAGCAUCAACAAAUCAUUAUCUGCUCUUGGUGAUGUCAUAUAUGCUCUUGCCAAUAAAAGCUCUCACAUUCCUUUCAGAAAUUCAAAGCUCACCCACUUACUUCAGGAUUCUCUAGGAGGAGAUUCGAAGACCCUCAUGUUUGUACAAAUCAGUCCUAACGAGAAAGACAACAGCGAAACGCUAUGCUCACUGAAUUUUGCUAGUAGAGUUAGAGGGAUAGAGCUGGGGCCUGCAAAGAAGCAGCUAGACAAUACUGAACUCUUGAAAUACAAGCAAAUGGUUGAGAAAUGGAAGCAAGAUAUGAAAGUAAAAGACGAACAGAUGAGGAAAAUGGAGGAAACGAUGUUCGGUUUAGAAGCGAAGGUCAAGGAACGAGACAUUAAGAACAAAACUCUUCAAGAAAAGGUUAAAGAACUUGAAUUGCAACUGCUAGUAGAGAGGAAGCUGGCUCGUCAACAUGUAGACACCAAGAUUGCUGAGUAUCAGACGAAACAACAGAACGGAGAUGAAAACAUCCCAUCAAAGAGGCCACCACUUGCAACCAUACCGUUGGGAAGCAACAAGAGCUCAAAUGAAACCUCAACUUCGAAAGAAAUGGUGAAUCUAAACCGACCGCCACUCUCAGAGAGCACCACCACCAGCAAUGAUCUACCGCCUUUACCUAACGGUUGCGUCAAGUACAACGACCUCAUGGAGAAGGAGAACAACAAUCCAGAAAUGGCUGAGCGGUUGCAAAUAUCCAAGAGUACAGGGAGAUUCUCCGUUUGUCCAAAGCGUAUUCUACCACCUCCAGCUCCAAGAAGGAGCACUCUUGCCCCUAUGCCAUACUUUCCAAUCACAUCAACUUCGCCAUCAAGGCCUCAUGAAAAGAGCGGCACUAGCCAGGUGCUACGCAUCAGCCCCAAGUUGCGUAAAAGCAACGGGAAGAUGCUGAGCAGCAUACUGAGACGGAGCAUGCAAAAGAGAAUGCAUAUGAAACCUUACCAGAGACAGCAGCCGUUGAGAAGAGUUGGCAUUAAUGUAGGAAUGGAGAAAGUUAGGUUGUCUAUAGGAAGCAGAGGAAGGUUAGCUCACAGAGUUUUGCUAACCAAUGCUCGCAAGGCAGGUCUAAAGGAAACACCACUGAAACAGAUACAGAAGGAGAAAGAGAGAUGGAUCUGACCCUAGGACAUAACUUCUCAUCCAGUUAGAAUUAUUCGAGGAUGAUUGACACUUUAUCAUCCUCAUGUGUUGUUUGUGGAUUUGAUUUGAUCCUACUGUAUAGAUGUAUUUGAUUGGCCCUUGUGAGUACAUUGGAAAUGAUUUUAUUGGGAGUCUAGUUGGUUUUCAUUAAGACAUAGACUCUAUUUUGUUAAACAUUUCAUAUAAGAAACAAAACUUCUCAGACA